AUGUUUGCAGGUGAAAAUGUUCCACUAGGUUUCUUGCAAGGUGGUGUCGUUGAGAUACUGUCAGAUUUAAUCGGGAAAGCCGCUCAUCACUUCUUAGGUGUUGAUCCUCAGACAGGUCGUAUUAUUGGCGCAGUUGCCGGUAAUGCACUCUUUCAGUUGGGUGGUAAAGACAACAAUCUCGGUAAUAUUGGUAAAGUCAUUCUUGACAACAUCAUUUCGGGCAAAUUCAAAAGAAAGGUGAACUUAAAGUGCGAUUUUCGAAUUCAGUUGAUUCAAUUGAAGCAAUAUAAUGGUCAUAUUCUCACUGUCAGCUUUCUCAUCUACGACAUCAAAUUUUCUUAG